AUGAGCUGGGGGUCAAAUGAUGGACCGUAUGGAAAGACGAAGGACAUCACAGAACACUCACUGUCCACCAGAAGACACAGCAUACCAGCUUUGCGGGGGGUGACACUGGUGGAGCUGGUAAAGAGGGAGGGCAGCACACUGGGACUCACCAUCUCUGGGGGGACGGACAAGGACGGCAAGCCUCGAGUGUCCAACUUGAGACCCGGCGGACUGGCAGCCAGAAGUGACCAGCUAAACAUUGGGGAUUACAUAAAGUCUGUGAAUGGAAUCAACUUGACCAAACUCCGACACGAGGAGAUCAUCAGUUUGUUGAAGAACGUGGGAGAGAGAGUGCUGCUGGAGGUGGAGUAUGAGCUGCCCCCUACAGCGCCGGACAGCAGCUCAGGGCUCAUCUCAAAGACAAUCGACAUCUGUUUGCACAAAGAAGAAAGUAGCUUUGGCUUCGUCCUCAGAGGUGGAACACAUGAAGACUGGCACAAAACUCGCCCCCUAGUGGUCACUUAUGUUAGACCAGGAGGCCCAGCAGACAGGGAGGGUACGCUGCGCCCCGGGGACCGCAUCCUCAGUGUGGACGGCGUUCCUCUGCACUCGUGUUCUCACGGUGAUGCCCUCAGUCUGCUCGCCCAGUGCGGACAGGAGGCGCUGUUCCAGAUCGAGUAUGACGUCACAAUCAUGGACACAGUGACGAAUGCGUCCGGUCCAUUGCUGGUGGAAAUUGCCAAGUCGCCGGGCGCCAUGUUGGGGAUCACACUAACCUCCACAACGCACAGAAAUAAGCAAGUCAUCAUCAUCGACCGGGUCAAGGCAGGAAGUGUGGUGGACAGGUGUGGGGCCCUUCACCCUGGGGACCACCUCCUUUCCAUCGACGGCACGUCCACUGAACACUGCUCGGUCCUGGAGGCCACACAGCUCUUAGCCAGCACCACGGAGCUGGUCAAGCUGGAGAUCCUACCCUCGCACCAGACCAGGCUCAGCAACAAGCAGCACGACACAGUGAAGGUGCAUAAGUCGGACCACCCUCACUCGUGGGACCCCUGCGUGAACUAUUGCCACCCACAGAACUCCGGCCCCCUGCUGAACCACAGCUCCACCCUCACCAAGACAUGGACCACCUCCAACAACAACACCAUCAACGCCAUUGACUACUGCAAGUCCCUGGUCUCAGCAAACUUCUCGUCCAGUUCCACCACCACCACGUCCUCCUCGGGCCCAGGCAGCCACAGCUCCAGCACUCUGCCCAGGACGACCACGCCUAUGAGCCCUCGCAAUUCAUUGCUCAAGAGACGCCAGCGGAAGAAGGAGCACAAGAGCUCACUCUCCCUUUCAUCCAGCUCGGUGGGUCCAGGGGGUCAGGUGGUCCAUGUGGAGACCAGCGAGGUGGUUCUGACCGGAGACCCUCUUAAUGGGUUUGGGGUACAACUGCAAGGGGGGAUCUUCGCCACCGAGACCCUGUCAGCCCCUCCUCUCAUCCGCUUUAUAGAACCAGACAGCUCUGCAGAACGGUCUGGCCUUCUGCAGGUUGGGGACCGGCUCCUGUCCAUAAACGGCAUCCCCACAGAGGACGGCACACUGGAGGAGGCCAACCAGCUGCUGCGGGAUGCUGCGCUCACUAACAGAGUUGCUCUGGAGAUCGAAUUUGAUGUAGCAGAGUCGGUCGUCCCAAGCAGUGGCACAUUCCACGUCAAACUCCCAAAGAAGAGAGGGGUGGAACUGGGCCUCACCAUCAGCGCCAGCAAGAAGCAAGGAGAGCCGCUGAUCAUCUCUGACAUCAAGAAGGGCAGCAUGGCACACAGAACAGGAACCCUGGAGCCCGGGGACAAACUGAUGGCCAUCGACAACAUCCGCCUGGACAACUGCUCCAGAGAAGACGCCGAGCAGAUCCUGCUGCAGUGUGAAGAGCUGGUCAAACUCAAGAUCCGCAAAGACGAAGACAACUCUGAUGAGCAGGAGACCUCGGGCACCAUCAUCUACACGGUGGAGCUGAAGCGUUACGGAGGUCCACUGGGAAUCACCAUCUCCGGGACAGAGGAGCCCUUCGACCCCAUCACCAUCUCAGGACUGACGCGCAGAGGCCUGGCUGAGAGGACGGGAGCGAUCCAUGUAGGAGACCGGAUCUUGGCCAUCAACAGCGUGAGUUUGAAGGGAAAACCUCUCAGUGAAGCCAUCCACCUGCUGCAGAUGGCCGGAGAGACGGUCACGCUCAAGAUCAAGAAACAGCUCGACAACCUGGAGGAGAGAAAGGACGCCCGCUCGGACAUAGACGACACCACAGAGAACGAACUGAGUGACCCUGAGGACGAGCUGACAGACAGCCAGCACACAAACAAACUGUCCCCGCUGUACUCCACCGCCGUGCCCAGUGUGGACUCCACCACCGUCCCCAGCGUGGACUCUGCGAUGGACUCAUGGGACGGCUCAGGGAUGGACCAGGUCUUCAGCACCCAGAGUGCGUACAACCAGCAGGGGGCAGGCAUCGCACUCCACCCUCAUGAAUGGCGCAGCGCAAAACAGAGUCGAGGCAACACUCCCCCUCCUGGACGAAGGAAGAACUACCCUUUCAGUGAUGGGGGUUUCAGUGAGGACGACUGGGACAAAGCACCGGGCUUCCUGAACCAGCCAGAUGGGCUCAUGGUGGACCCAGAGGACAGCUUCUGGUGCCAGGCGCUGGAGGACCUGGAGACAUGUGGACAGUCAGAGCUGCUUCGAGAGAUUGAGGCCUCCAUAAUGACUGGCACAGCCAUCAGUUUGGGAGUGGACGGGUCCAAAGCACCUCCAGAGCCUCUGCUGAGUCACAGCAGGCUGAGCCCACUGAGAAGGAACUCUCUGCUGCACCAGGGGGCCCUACUGCACCUGCACGACCAGGCCCACCUCCUGGAGGAGGCCCACCUGCAUGAAGAUGGCUUGCUGUCUGACCCGCUCUACCUCCAGGAUGGGAUGCUGCACCAGGGGUCCCAUCUGCGACAGGAGGCCCAGUCUCCACUGCACUUCCAGGACCCCAAAGCCAAGGCCUCGCUCAGAGUGUCGGAAAGGACCUGGGAGUCCAGGAGGAUCAAAGAGGAGAUGCAGGGGAUCAUCUCGCCCACACCCCUUGAGCUGCACAAAGUGACGGUCAUAAAGGAUCCGGAGAGCGACGACUUCGGCUUCAGUGUCUCAGACGGAUUUUUGGAGAAGGGAGUUUACGUAAAUAUGAUCCGAGACGACGGACCGGCCGGCAGAUCAGGCCUGAGACCAUGUGACCGCAUUCUACAGGUGAACCACGUGCGGACUCGGGACUUCGACUGUUGCCUCGCUGUUCCUCUGAUCACUGAGGCGGGAGACCGGCUGGAGCUGGUCAUCAGCAGAAAUCCAUUGAGCUGUGAUGACCCAGAGGACAAUAACAACAGCAUGCUACAGCGCCCCCUAGACCUGUAA